AUGGCUCCAGUUAUCGUGAAGUUCGAGGACAAGUACAACCCAAACAAUGUUAAAAUCAGUAAAGCACAGAAGAAAGUGCUGAGAAGUGGAAAACCGAUCUCAACAGAGCAGUUACUGAGGAAACAACGAUUGGAGGAGAAGAGGAAGCUGAAAGGAAGGAGGCAUACGAAAGAUGAUGAGGAUAACACAAAGAAUGAUCUCCAAUUGCAGCGUCUAUUGGAUGAAUCGCAUAUCUUGAGUGGCGGUAAUCAGUCGCAUGAACAAAGAUUUUCCGGGGCAGAACUCACGUUGGAAAGUAUGGCACUAGAGGGAGACACGAUUGGGUCAUCAAGGGUGCGAACGUUGAGCGAGCGGAUGAAAAAACUUUCGGAAACAAACGGCGGAUCGGAUCGGAAGUUGGAAAACAUGCCGAUGAGCAUAAGAAAAGGUAUGAUUAGGGCCCAGAUGAGGAGAAUAAGCAAGUAUGAGGAGGAGGCAAGGGAGGCGGGAAUUGUGCUAUCGAAGAAUAGGAAGGGACAGUUUAGAAAAAUACAUGAUAGCGGAUCUUCCUCGUUCACAGAGAGGAUUGGUACCGGAGUUAAAAAGCAGGUUCGGUUACGGGAUCGUGGUUUGAAGAUUAACAGUGUGGGUAAGGCAACGAGUCAUGGUGUGAUACUUUCGAAGCAUGAUAUUGCGAAGAUCACAGGUGGGGAUAGAAGGAAGAGGGGUCGGCGAGAUAGGAGAUGA